CUGCGCCCACCCCCUCGCCGGCGGCGGCGGCGGCGGGUGCGAGGCCCCUUUAAGGCGCCGGCGCCGGGUCAGAGCAGCGGCGGCGGCGGCGACGACCACGGGAGCAUGGCGGACACCGACCUGUUUAUGGAAUGUGAGGAGGAGGAGCUGGAGCCUUGGCAGAAGAUCAGCGAUGUCAUUGAGGACUCCGUAGUGGAGGAUUAUAAUUCAGUGGAGAAGACGGCUACAGCUGGCAAUUCUUUAGUCCAACAAAGUGGACAGCCCCUGAUCUUAACUCAGAAUCCUGCGCCAGGUCUGGGCACAAUGGUUACUCAGCCAGUGUUGAGGCCUGUCCAGGUCAUGCAAAAUGCCAAUCAUGUGACUAGUUCCCCUGUGGCCUCACAACCAAUAUUCAUCACCACACAGGGAUUUCCUGUAAGAAAUGUCCGGCCUGUACAAAAUGCAAUGAAUCAGGUUGGGAUUGUGCUGAACGUACAGCAAGGCCAAACGGUUAGACCAAUUACACUAGUCCCAGCCCCAGGUACACAGUUUGUUAAGCCGACAGUUGGCGUUCCGCAGGUGUUCUCCCAGAUGACCCCUGUGAGGCCGGGCUCCACGAUGCCCGUGCGCCCCACCACCAACACCUUCACCACGGUCAUCCCGGCCACUCUCACCAUCCGCAGCACCGUGCCACAGUCCCAGGCCCAGCAGACCAAGUCCACGCCCAGCACCUCCACCACCCCCACUGCCACUCAGCCGACCUCUCUGGGGCAGCUGGCAGUUCCACCUACGGGCCAGUCCAACCAGGUCCCGAACCCCAAGUUAGCUCCCUCCUUCCCCUCUCCACCUGCAGUGAGCAUAGCCAGCUUCGUCACUGUGAAGCGACCUGGUGGUACAGGGGAAAACAGCAGCGAAGUGGCCAAACUGGUGAAUACCCUUAACACCAUUCCUUCCCUGGGCCAGAGUCCUGGGCCAAUGGUGGUAUCCAACAACAACUCUGCCCAUGGCUCUCAGAGAACCAGCGGACCGGAACCUUCAAUGAAAGUGACCUCCUCCAUCCCAGUGUUUGACCUUCAAGAUGGUGGGCGGAAAAUCUGUCCGCGGUGUAACGCUCAGUUCCGUGUCACUGAAGCUUUGCGAGGCCACAUGUGUUACUGCUGCCCAGAAAUGGUUGAGUACCAGAAGAAAGGAAAGCCUUUGGAUUCAGAAUCCAGUGUCCCUUCAACGGCAAAGCCUCCAUCUCCUGAGAAAACAGCUCCUGUUGCUUCGACGCCUUCAUCUACUCCUAUUCCUGCUCUCUCCCCGCCUACCAAAGUAUCAGAGCCAAAUGAGAAUGUGGGUGACGCUGUCCAGACCAAGCUCAUCAUGCUUGUAGACGACUUCUACUAUGGGCGAGAUGGUGGCAAAGUGGCCCAACUCACAAGCUUCCCUAAGGUCGCAACAUCUUUCCGGUGCCCACAUUGUACCAAGCGGCUGAAAAACAACAUUCGAUUCAUGAAUCAUAUGAAACACCACGUAGAACUCGAUCAGCAGAAUGGUGAGGUGGAUGGUCAUACUAUCUGCCAACACUGUUAUCGUCAGUUUUCCACUCCCUUCCAGCUCCAGUGCCACUUGGAAAAUGUUCAUAGCCCCUAUGAAUCAACUACCAAAUGCAAGAUCUGUGAGUGGGCGUUUGAAAGCGAGCCACUGUUUCUCCAACAUAUGAAAGAUACCCAUAAGCCUGGAGAGAUGCCUUAUGUUUGCCAGGUGUGUCAGUACCGUUCCUCGCUCUACUCCGAAGUGGAUGUCCACUUCCGCAUGAUCCACGAAGACACGCGGCAUCUGCUCUGCCCGUACUGUUUGAAGGUCUUCAAAAAUGGCAACGCAUUCCAGCAGCACUACAUGCGGCACCAGAAGAGGAACGUUUAUCACUGUAACAAAUGCCGGCUGCAGUUCCUUUUUGCCAAGGACAAGAUUGAACACAAGCUUCAGCACCAUAAAACCUUUCGUAAACCCAAGCAGCUGGAGGGCUUGAAACCAGGCACCAAGGUGACGAUCCGGGCUUCCCGAGGGCAGCCUCGAACUGUUCCUGUCUCCAGUGACACGCCUCCCAGCUCCCUGCAGGAAAUGACCCCCCUGACCACGGCCACAGACCCUCUGCCCGUCUUUCUCUACCCUCCUGUCCAGCGCACGGUCCAGAAGAGAGCAGUCAGGAAAAUGAGCGUCAUGGGCCGCCAGACCUGCCUGGAGUGCAGCUUCGAGAUCCCCGACUUCCCUAAUCACUUCCCCACCUACGUCCACUGUUCUCUGUGCCGCUACAGCACCUGCUGCUCCCGCGCCUACGCCAACCACAUGAUCAACAAUCAUGUUCCACGGAAGAGUCCCAAGUACUUGGCUUUGUUUAAGAACGCUGUGAGCGGAACCAAGCUGGCCUGCACCUCCUGCCCCUUUGUCACCUCUGUGGGAGAUGCCAUGGCCAAGCAUCUGGUGUUCAACCCGUCUCACCGGUCCAGCAGCAUCCUGCCACGGGGACUUUCCUGGAUGCCUCAGUCAAGGCCCAGCCAGACCCGGGACCGGGAGCAAGACCGGGGCUUGAAGAACAUCCACCCUCCUCCGUCCUUCCCCUCGAGUCAAGCCGCCACUGUGAAGCCUGCGGGGACGGGCCCCGCCGAGCCCGAAGAGGCGCCCGCGCCCGCGGCCCCGGCGCUGCCCUCGCCCGCCUCCACCGCCACGCCCCCCACCACCCCGACCCCGGCCCCGGCCCCGGCCCCGGCGCAGCCCGCCGCCGCCCUCCCGCCCUCGGCCGCGGAGGGGGCGGCCGGCCUGGGCGCCGAGGACGCGGACGAGGGCAGCCCCGCUCCGCAGGACCCGGACCCGGAGCCGGCGGCGGGCGGCGGCGGCGGCCCGGGCCGCAAGGAGCAGCUGUCGGUGAAGAAGCUGCGCGUGGUGCUGUUCGCGCUGUGCUGCAACACGGAGCAGGCGGCCGAGCACUUCCGCAACCCGCAGCGGCGCAUCCGGCGCUGGCUGCGGCGCGUGCAGGCGUCGCAGGGCGAGAACCUGGAGGGCAAGUACCUGAGCCUGGAGGCCGAGGAGAAGCUGGCCGAGUGGGUGCUGACCCAGCGCGAGCAGCAGCUGCCCGUCAACGAGGAGACCCUGUUCCAGAAGGCCACCAAGCUGGGCCGCUCGCUGGAGGGCGGCUUCAAGAUCUCCUACGAGUGGGCCGUGCGCUUCAUGCUGCGCCACCAGCUGAGCCCGCACGCCCGCCGCGCCGUGGCCCACACGCUGCCCAAGGACGUGGCCGACAGCGCGGGGCUCUUCAUCGAGUUCGUCCAGCGGCAGAUCCACCGCCAGGACCUGCCCCUGUCCAUGAUCGUGGCCGUCGACGAGGUCUCCCUGUUCCUGGACGCCGAGGUGCUGGGCAGCGACGACCGCAAGGAGAACGCCCUGCAGACCGUGGGCACCGGGGAGCCCUGGUGCGACGUGGUGCUGGCCAUCCUGGCCGACGGCACCGUCCUGCCCACGCUGGUGUUCUGCCGCGGACCGCCGGGCCGGCCGGCCGACGUGCCGGCCUCCAUCCUGCUCGAGGCCAAGGAGGGCGGCUACAGCGACGACGAGAUGAUGGCGCUGUGGGCCGCGCGGGUCUGGCGCAGGCACGCGGCCUGCCAGCGCGGCAAGGGCAUGCUGGUCAUGGACUGCCACCGCACCCACCUGUCGGAGGAGGUGCUGGCCCUGCUCAGCGCCUCCAGCACGCUGCCCGCCGUGGUGCCGGCCGGCUGCAGCGCCAAGAUCCAGCCCCUCGACGUGUGCAUCAAGCGGACGGUCAAGAACUUCCUGCACAAGAAGUGGAAGGAGCAGGCCCGGGCCAUGGCCGACGUGACCUGCGACUCCCGGCUCCUGCUCCAGCUGGUGCUGUCCUGGCUGGCGGAGGUCCUGGGCGUGGUGGGCGACUGUCCGGAACUGGUGCAGCGGUCCUUCCUGGUGGCCAGCGUGCUGCCCGGCCCCGACGGCACCGUGAGCUCGCCCGCCAGGAACGCCGACAUGCAGGAGGAGCUGAUCGCCUCGCUGGAGGAGCAGCUGCAGCUGGGCGGCGAGCAGUCCGAGGAGGGCGCCGGGUCCACCCCGCGGCCCCGGUCCUCCCCGGAAGAGACGGUUGAGCCCGAGAGCCUGCACCAGCUCUUCGAGGGCGAGAGCGAGACCGAGUCCUUCUACGGCUUCGAGGAGGCCGACCUGGCUCUGAUGGAGAUUUGAGUGUGUGUCGGGGACC